CGCAGGGGACGCCGGGAGCAGGUGGGGACUGCGGAAGUAGGGCGCUUUCCAUUGUGAGGGCGGUCAGGCCGGGUUCUCCUUGUGCCGUGUGUGAGAGAGUCCCCAGGACACCUACCUAUGAAUGAAAUUGCUGGAUUGAAAGGAAUUUCUUCACAUGGCUUCCGAAGAUGUGACCAUUACGGUUCGCCUCAUUCGUUCAUUUGAGCAUCGCAAUUUCAGACCUGUAGUAUAUUAUGGAGUUCAUUUGGACCAAACCGUAAAGGAAUUUAUAGUAUUUCUAAAGCAAGAUAUCCCUUUGAGGACCAGCCUGCCACCACCAUUCAGAAACUAUAAAUAUGAUAAACUAAAGAUUGUGCAUCAACCACAUAAAUCAAAGACAAAUGAACUUGUGUUGAGUUUGGAAGAUGAUGACAGACUCCUGUUAAAAGAAGACAGCACCCUGAAAGCAGCUGGAAUCGCCAAUGAAACUGAAAUUGCAUUCUUCUGUGAAGACGACUAUAAGAACUACAAAGCUAAUCCCCUUUCAUCCUGGUGAAAACUUCACAGGACUUCCUUUUUGCAUACUUGUAUUAAGCUCUUUAUUCCACUAGUGAGUUUUUUAAAUUGACAAAUAAACUUAAAAAAAUUAA